CGGACCCAUCCCGGGCCCAUGCGUUGGCAGCGCCAUGAGCGAUCGGCCGGCGGUGAGGGGCAGGGAUGGCCGGCGCUAUGCCUGCCUCGGCCUGACUGACGGCUACCGACGGCCGCUCGACACCACACGGGCCGCCGCCCCCCCCCGCCAUGGGCUGCAGAGCCUGGGGAAGGUGGCGGCCAGACGGAUGCCCCCCCCUGCCAACCUGCCCAGCCUGAAGGCCGAGAACAAGGGCAACGACCCCAACGUGACCCUGGUGCCCAGGGACGGCUCGGGAUGGGCCAGCAGGCAGGAGCCCAGCGAGCCCCGGAGUUCCGAGCACUCAGCACCUCCCCCGCCGCUGUCGCCGUCGCCGCUGGAUUCGCAGACGCCUGCGGGCGGCAGCCAGAAGGGGAAGGGGGGGGCAGCGACCCCCGAGACCCCCCCCCCCGCCCGCAAGCGGGGCAAAGUCCUGGGCUCAGGCCAGCGGUACCCAAGGACCCCCAAGCGACGGGCCGCCGGGCCGGUUCUCCCGGGAGGAGUUUCCCACCCUGCGGGCGGGAGGAGAGCGGGGGAGGGGAGGCCGCGAGCGGGACGCUGGCGGCGCGUGGUGUGGGCGCGCACCGAGCCCCCGCCCCCACGUGGGGCAGAGCCGGGACGGCGGCGCCCGAGGCCCCGAGGAGCCGCCGCCGGAUGGGGGGGGGCUGCCCCCCCCCGGGCCCCCCCAUUUCCCCCCAUACCGGGGGGUGAUGCCCCCAUUUAUGUACCCCCCAUACCUGCCCUUCCCACCCCCAUAUGGGCCCUAUAGGCUCCCGGAUACCCCCAGGUUCCCCCGCAGUGGUUCCUCCCC